AUGGCAUACGAUCGAUACGUCGCCAUCUGCAAACCACUGCACUAUGAGACUAUAAUGAACAGGAGAGCUUGUGUCCAAAUGGCAGCCAGUGCCUGGAUCAGUGUAAUUCUCUAUUCUUCAUUGCACACCGGGAACACCUUUGCAAUAACCUUCUGUGGAGGCAACAUGGUGGAUCAGUUCUUCUGUGAAAUCCCCCAGCUACUCAAGCUCGCCUGCUCUAACUCGUACCUCAGUGAAGUUGGGGUUAUUGUAUUUGGUGUGUGUUUAACCCUAAGUUGCUUUGUUUUUAUAAUUGUGACAUAUGUUCAGAUCUUGAUCACAGUGUUGAGAAUCCCCUCUAAACAGGGCCGACAUAAAGCCUUCUCCACCUGCCUUCCUCACUUCAUUGUAAUUUUCAUGUUUCUUUCCACUGCUACCUUUGCCUACAUGAAACCCAUCUCCAGCUCUCCAUCAGGUCUGGACCUUGUGGUGGCUGUUCUCUAUUCCGUGCUGCCGUCAGUGAUGAAUCCGAUCAUCUACAGCAUAAGGAACAAGGAACAUGCUAAUUCAUAG